AUGGGUUGCGCCCUCGGAAAGCCGGCGGAUUCCGUCGACAAUCAACGGCAUAAAACCGAGACUGCCGGCGGCGGAAAUGAUGCUAUUAAGGUUCGGGAAAAGCAGAAGAGUCCUCACGUCGGCGAACUUUCCGGCGUGGUUCCGGCGCCGGAGCGACGGAGAUUUCGACUUGACUCAUUCACUGCGAGCCAUCGGGGGUGGCCGUCGUGGCUGAUGGUUGUCGCCGGCGAAGCACUCGGAGACUGGACUCCUCGCCGUGCCAACACGUUCGAGAAGCUUGCUAAGAUUGGGCAAGGGACUUAUAGCAAUGUGUAUAAAGCAAGGGACCUUGUAACUGGGAAGAUAGUGGCUUUGAAGAAGGUCAGAUUUGACAAUUUGGAAGCAGAGAGUGUGAAGUUCAUGGCAAGAGAGAUUCUUGUUUUGAGGAGGCUUGAUCACCCCAAUGUUGUGAAGCUUGAGGGGUUGGUUACUUCAAGAAUAUCAUCCAGUCUUUACUUGGUAUUUGAGUACAUGGAACAUGAUCUUGCUGGUCUUGCAGCUGGUGUGGGUGUCAAAUUCUCUGAGCCUCAGAUCAAAUGCUAUAUGAAGCAAUUGCUAUCUGGCCUUGAGCAUUGCCACAGCAGAGGUGUUUUGCACCGUGAUAUUAAGGGUUCCAAUCUGCUCAUUGACAAUGAAGGCAUACUUAAAAUUGCAGAUUUUGGAUUGGCAACUUUCUCUGAUCCUAAGCAAAAGCAUCCUAUGACCAGUAGAGUUGUGACCCUUUGGUACCGUCCCCCUGAGCUUCUUGUGGGGGCUACAUCUUAUGGUGUUGGUGUCGACCUUUGGAGUGCUGGCUGCAUCUUGGCAGAGCUGCUUGCUGGAAAGCCAAUCAUGCCUGGCAGAACAGAGGUAUUGUUCUCUGUGUUGUUCCAUGACUUGCUUUUGUUGGUGAAGUGGGGGGCUAAGGUUGAGCAGCUGCACAAAAUAUUUAAGUUAUGUGGCUCUCCAUCUGAGGAAUAUUGGAAGAAAUAUAGAUUGCCAAAUGCCACACUCUUUAAGCCACAGCAACCGUAUAAAAGAAACAUUUUAGAAACAUUCAAGGAUUUUCCUUCUUCUUCAUUACCUCUGAUUGAAACUCUUCUUGCAAUAGAUCCUAAUGAUCGUGGCACUACCUCAUCUUCUCUAAAUAGUGAAUUCUUUGCCACUGAGCCCUGUGCUUGUGAACCAUCUAGUUUGCCAAAGUAUCCUCCCACCAAAGAAUUGGAUAUAAAACUGAGAGAUGAAGAAGCAAGAAGGCUGAAAGCUCUAAGUGGAAAAAAUAAUGCAGUUGAUGGUGCCAGAAGGGUUAGAGUACGCGAGCGCGGUUUGGCCAUUCCGGCCCCAGAAGCCAAUGCAGAGAUCCAAACAAACUUAGAUAGGUGGAGAAUUGUGACCCAUGCAAAUGCAAAAUGUAAGAGUGAGAAAUUUCCACCUCCCCAUCAGGAUGGAGCUGUUGGAUAUCCACUGGAUGCAUCAAAUAAAGGAGCUGUUUCAUUUGGAGCCACUGAAACUUCCACAGCCUCUACCAUAUUUGAUUCAAAAUCUUCUGGAUCUGUUAAAAGUCAUGGUGCUGCCAGAGACAAAGUGAGGAGAAGCAAUACAGCAGAUUCCCAGAUGGCAUCAACUUGGAAAUCUUUGCGUUCAUUCAAGCUAUCAACAAUUGGUCAUUCAUUUGAUUUAUUAUUUAGAAGCAAAUAA